CACUUCACUAAACUAACAGGCAGAGAGAGAGAGAGAGAGAGAGAGAGAGAGAGAGCGAGAUCGGCGCAAUGGAUUAUCAGCAACAACCGCCGCUGUCUUCUGACCCUUCGCCGUCGCCGUCUUACCGUCCGCCGGGAAUUACAUCACCGGAGACACCCUCGAACAAUCAGAAUCAUGAGGUUGAGGACAUAAUGGCUUGCGUCACGGCAUUGGAAGCUGCUCUGCUCCCAUGUUUGCCAGCUAGAGAGCUUCAAGCCAUCGACCGAUCUCCUCAUCCUUCUCAUCAAAUUGACGUUGAGCGGCACGCUAGAGAUUUCAUGGAAGCUGCUAAAAAGCUUCAACUCUAUUUCAUGGGAUUGAAGCGAGAAGAUCAUGCGCCCACAAAAGCAGAAAGCCUUAGGAAGGAGAUUGCAGUAAUGGAGGAAGAGCUUAUGACAAAAGAGGAGCUUAUCAAGAAGCACACAAGGCUUAUCCAAGAAUCGCAGAAGCUUGUGAGAGAACAGAUUGAGAAACACCGAGUGGAGCUGGAGAAAGUUUAACAAGUUUACUGUUUGUUUCUUUUCUUUUCUCCAAAUGGAUUAAGCCCGUUCAAUAGUAAAUAGUGCAACUCUCUACUAAAUUAUUCAUCCAUUUUAUGUCUAUUUUACACUGUAAGAGUAUUAUGCAGACAAAAUGGGAUUCCAUCUGCAAAUCCACAUCCCUUACAAAAAGUGCAGAUACACUUAUUAUUUUUGUGUGGCUUUUAUGAAAGUCUAUAGAUUCAUUUACAU